GUACCCUCUCUCGCCGUAUAAGAGGUUACGCCCGUCGUCGUUACAUCAUUACCCCGAGGUGUCUAAUGUCACAGGGGAACGUAUCAAUUGGUAUAGCAAGGAUCCGCAGUCCGGAUAUGAGGGAGCUAAGAUGUUCGGACCGCAUACUAUCGAGUUGGAUGGAAUGCCCAUGGGACGCACGCCGGAGUAUAUGCAGGAGCGACUGAGGAGAUUCUUUUCUAAGUUCGGCAUAGUGAAGAUCUGCCGUGCCAUACCGCAUGAGCUGGAUCCCUACCAAUGCCAGGGCAAGGCCUACGUCACCUUCCGAGAUCGGCGAUCGGUUUUCCGAGCCCUGAAAGCACCCCUGAAGUUCCCGGCAUCACUACAUGAUAAGUUUGUGAGGAUGAGAGACUUGGACACGGACAAGAGGAAUGACCCUUUGUAUCUGGUGAAAUCGGAGCAUAACAAUCAGCAGCUUGUCUCGGUCGCCCGACAGCUCCACCAGAUAUUACUGAGGGAGGGACCUCGGCCGUUGAGCACUGUCUGGCAAGGCGUCAUGGAACAGGAGUUCAAGACUGAGCGG